AUUCCUCUCUCUUCCCACUCUCAGACUCCCCCAACUUUAACUUUUCACCGCCAUCCACACUAAAAAUAUUAUACUCGAUGUCCGACCAAAAGCAAAGUUGACAAAAUACCUAGUUCGAGAAAACUGUUGUGGAACUUUGCUAUUUAGAGAAGCCUCAUUAUCUUGAAGAAGCUAUAAAUAAUUCAUUUUAGAUAGCAAAAUCUUGCGAAAUUAAUGGCUGAUCAAGAAGUAAUUUCAAAUGGUAAUUUUCUACAAGACCCAGUUGUUGGAUCUAAUGACACGCUGCCUCCUAAGAAGAAGAGAAACCUCCCAGGCAAUCCAGAUCCAGAAGCAGAGGUCAUAGCUUUAUCACCAAAAACCCUAAUGGCAACCAACAGAUUUUUAUGUGAAAUAUGUGGGAAAGGGUUUCAAAGGGAUCAAAAUCUUCAACUCCACCGCAGAGGUCAUAACCUACCAUGGAAGCUGAAGCAAAGAACUAGCAAAGAGCCGCGAAAGCGCGUUUAUGUUUGCCCUGAAAAGACAUGUGUUCAUAAUCAUCCUUCAAGAGCUCUCGGCGAUCUCACCGGGAUUAAGAAGCACUUUUGCAGAAAGCAUGGUGAGAAAAAGUGGAAGUGUGAGAAAUGCAACAAGAAGUAUGCUGUUCAGUCAGAUUGGAAGGCUCAUUCCAAAACAUGUGGAACUAGGGAAUACAAGUGUGAUUGUGGAACUAUAUUCUCAAGGCGUGAUAGCUUCAUAACCCAUAGGGCAUUUUGUGACGCCUUAGCAGAAGAAACAGCAAGAAUGAACGCAGCAAGUGCGCAAUUCAAUAUUAGUGCCGCCGCAACAAACAACCUCAACUAUCAUCAUAUUAUGGGGUCUAAUCUUGGACCUGCAGUCGCCAUGGCACAACAUUUUUCCUCCAUAUUUAGGCCACCAACUAAAGAUGAAACCCUUGACCACCCUCAACAACAAAGGGGAGGAAUAUUUCCUUUAUGGUUAGGCACCCAAUUAACUCAACCUGGAGUGUAUCACGACACAAUGCAAAACUCUCCUAAUGUUUCCAUCCAAUCCCAUGACAUACAGCAUCAACUUAGCUCCACCAUCAACUCAAUAAAUUCCCAUAAUAGCCCUCUUAUGGUCCCAAGCUCGAAUCCUCAUACCGACGAUAAUUACAAUAACUUGAAUUGGGUUUUUGGAAGUAAAAUCGCUAAUAAUAAUCCCUUAAACAACCACAAUAAUGGUGAAGAAUUAGGUGUACUAACGAAUAAUAUUGCUUCAACUACCACUACUACUACUACACCACUACCUUCUUUGUAUAGCACCCAACACCAUCCUCAAACAGCCUCUAGUAAUUGUUCUCACUUUAUGUCAGCCACAGCCUUACUACAAAAAGCUGCUCAAAUGGGUUCUACUUCUACCAAUAGAAAUGAUGCAUUUUUCCUAGGAAACUUUGGGUUAGUUAUGAAAGAAGAUAAUGAUAAUAUUGAUCGUAAUAAUACUAGCAACUACAAUGGUGGUUCAAUAUUUGGUACUUCAAACUCAACAACCACCAAUGUCGGAAGUGAUGUCGAGGGUUCGGUUGAUGAUCUCUCUACCAUGACAACAAUGUACAAUGUUAACCCCGCCAAGCGUCAGAGGAUGAGCUCUCCAAGUACUCAAGCAGGUGUUGGUGGCGGCAGAGGCCAAACUCGAGAUUUCCUCGGCGUUGGUUCACAACCCGUAUGCCGGCCGUCGUCCAUUAACGGUUGGAUUUGAAUCCUGAGAGAUGGUUGAGGAGGACAAUUAUGUUUAAAGUUUCUUUAGGGUGAAGAAAGGAAGAGAAAAGGAAAAAGAUAUUUUGUAAAGAUUUACGGAAAUUUUGAAGCGAAGAAAAAGAAUGUGGUAUUAUGAAUGCUUAAAUUAGUUAAUUAGGGAGCAUGAAAAGUUUGCUGGAUAAUUGUUGGAAAAAUAGAGCUUAAAGGUAAGAACCAUGCAUAUUCUCUUGAACCCUCAAAGCUGCACUCAAUAAGAAAUUGAUGGCUUUUUAAUACUUAAAUCUUUAAUUUUUUGUAAGCUGUUGAUAAUGGUUUAGUGGUGGGGGCAAAAGCAAUUAUUCUCCCUUUACAUCUCCAUUAUUAUAAGAAAUGUUUCAAUACUCUCUA